AUGCCCACCCAAAAAAGAAGCUCUCUUGGGCGACCCCGAAAAUCAGUCGACGAUGCAAAAUCCAUACGACGCGCCCAGGUACGCGAAGCACAACAGGCAUACAGAUCUCGCCAACAGUCCCAGCUCUCUUCACUAAAAGCUCGCGUAGAGCAGCUGGAAGAUGUACUUGAUCAUCUAAGCCAGACGGUGCAGGAGUUCGAUAACCAAGUGAUCCGGAGUGGGUCGCAGUGGUCUCAACCUCAACUCUUGCGCACAGUCCAAUCGCUGCGUGAUGAUAUAGUGUCCCAUUUCAAGCGGGCUGAUAUUUCCUAUCAAAAGUCCCCAGAGAACAAAAUUUCAGACCCACCUCAGGUUGUCAAUGAGCAACCCCACGCGCAGGUCGCGUCCGAGGUGUCAAUGGGCAGGUUAAAAGAUCAAACUGAGGGAUCUGACUUUUGGAAAUUAUUUUUGGGCUCGUCCGGUGGCAUGAUCCCAUCGAUUAGUAUCGAGAGUCUGGAUAACCAAUCGAGUGACUCGGACUUGGUUCGCAUUCCUGUGCCAAUAUCUAUUGCUGAACCCCACACCAUUCAAUAUGCAACCACACCCUUCACCCAACGGCUUUUCCGCGCUUGCGCUGAAAGUGGUCAUCGCUUCCUAUCUAAUCUCGCAUAUAAAGAUGAAGAUAUGUGGGAGUUUGGACUGCUGUUACAAAGAAUGCCACGAGUAGAGGUCCGAGAUUAUUUCGGACGUGUCAUCAAGAUGGAACCUUGUCAUCCUAUCAUCGAUGCUCGAUUCCCAUAUAUCAGCGUCGGUGGCGCAGGAACGCACUAUUUACCACCCUCUAGUGGCGCUUCUUCAGACACCUUCGCCCUCUUCCGAACAACAAAUGGCGUGUCUCAUGUUCCUGCCGAUGAAGAUUGGUUUGAUGUGCAUGAUGUUGAGAGAUAUCUGUUCAACCAAGGCAUUGGUGUAGGCGAGUUUCCUUCGUCCACUCUUACGAUAUCUUAUCCUUCUAGUCCGGGCGCUGGGCCUUCGAACUUGGAGAUCCCCCAAGGCGCAAUACCCGGCAGUAUGAUGAUGGUCGUCGACGAGUAUAAAUUGAUCAACAGUAAGCUCACCCUAUUAUUUGCUAUUCUCCUCGGCGUCACCUAUAAUGAUAAAAUCUAA